AUGGCAGACAAUGGCAGCGAAGCACCAGCUGGUGGAGAUGCUGGAGUAGAGUACAUUAAACUGAAAGUUGUCGGACAGGAUUCAAAUGAGGUCCACUUCCGUGUAAAAAAUGGGACUGCCAUGGGCAAGUUGAAGAAAUCCUACGCAGAUCGCACCGGGGUUGCCGUCUCUUCAUUGCGUUUUCUUUUCGAUGGACGCCGUAUUAACGACGACGAUACUCCCAAAACUCUGGAGAUGGAGGAAGAUGACGUGAUCGAGGUCUAUCAGGAGCAACUCGGUGGUUCAUGUUGA